CACACUCAAAACAUCCCCCAACAAAGUUUUGAAAUACUUUCAAAUAUACAGAGAAAUACAGGAGAACCGAAAUACACUCUGAUACAAAGAGUUUUAACUAAACUAAACAAUGUCAUCCCCAAAGAAGUUGCUUCUUAUAGAUGUGGAUUGUGGCACAGAUGAUGCUCAGGCAAUUAUGAUGGCAAUUGCUUCACCCAAUGUGAAGAUACUUGGGAUUACCUGUGUGGGAGGCAACACUGUGCUAGAUAACGUCUGCAAAAAUGUCCUCCGUGUUCUCAAAUUGUGCAACCGUUGUGACAUUCCUGUCUAUAGAGGAGCUAAUAAAGCGAUUCUUGGAGAUAGCAUUCAUGCAUCAUACUUUCAUGGUGUGGAUGGUUUGGGGGAUGUUCCAGAUCCAAAUUCCCCAGGACUUGAAGGUAUACAAAAAGAGCAUGCUGUAGAUGCCAUGAGACGGCUGAUAUCAAAGCAUCCUGGAGAGAUACGUCUUGUGGCUACUGGUCCACUAACCAACUUAGCUCUGGCUGUGAAGAUGGAUCCAACUCUCUCUGAAAAACUGAAAUGCUUGUACAUAAUGGGAGGAAACAUGGAAUCAAGAGGAAAUACUUCAGCUUGUGGAGAGUUUAACUUCCUAGCAGAUCCUGAAGGGGCGUACAUUGUUUGCAAUGAAUUCUUGUGUAAAACCUAUAUUGCUACCUGGGAGUUUGCAUGUCGUCACAAGCUGUCAUGGGAGUGGUAUGAUAAUUGGGUCAACAAAGGAACAAAGAAGGCUGACUUCAUAAAAAAAAUAUAUGCCCACAGUUUGCAGUACUCUAGAUGUGAGAAGGAAGUGAAGGGGAUGGUGUCUGGCCCUGGAUUUGUGUCCUGUGAUUCCUAUGCAAUGGCUGCUGCUAUAGAUGAAUCCAUUGUCACAGAUGUAAUUGAAUGCCCAGUUACUGUGGAAACAAGUGGAAGAUUCACACGAGGGAUGAUGGUCCUUGAUAUGAUUGAAGUACUUGGGAAGAAAAAGAAGACCUUAGUUAUGAAUAAAGUUGACAUAGAAAAGUUCAAGGUUCUAAUGGAGGCUUCAGUUGCAUAGAAUAUCACGUUCUGCCACUUAAAAUUGUUUUGCUAUUAAAAGGAAAAAACAAAUUGUGUAAGAGAUAUAUAGUUCAGCUUUGAAACCAAACAUCAUUUUCUGUUGACUAUACAUAUAGAUUUUAAAAAUGCAGAAUAAUGCAAUAAUGUGCUCUGAGAAAAUAUUUACAAUAAAUAUGAAAAUAUAAUAAAAUCUUAAAUAUUCUGG